UGAAAUGCAACACCGGAAGAGUGACUGUGUUAUUGGUGGGUAACUUGACAGCGAAGGCAAUGAGGGGGCGUCCGUCCUAACAGGAAGAAACUGGGAAACACACCUGAGUGAUGAAGUUAGUUUCCACGGGCGGACGCUUCCACCAGCACACCGACAAUAAACCACGGGGCGGGCUUUACAAACUACUUUUCCCCGGUGUCAAAGGCCUGGGGCUCCCGGUAACAGCGCUGUCCGGGCUGACGCAUCAGCGGGAGAGGAAGACGGCGAGGGAGGUGGGCUGUCACAGCAGCAGGCUAGGCUAGGCUAUGCUAGGCUAGCUUGUUAGCAAUCAAGGCUAACAGCUUCAGCCUCUUGAGACCCCUGAACUUGGGGGAAACUUGGUGAACAGUCAGCGACAGUUUAAACGGCGGCUCCGAAGUCCACCAGGAAUAUAAAGUAACAAUUUUACUGCGAAAAGAAACGUAGCCUGGUGGCGUAAGUAUUGCUAGUUAGCGAGCUAGUUAGCUCUCAUCAGGGCUUGUCAACAGAUCUAGCGGAGAUGUAGCUGAGAGAAAAAACACCUCAACUUACUUCAUCCACAUCCGCAGAAACAGACUUAACUCACAGUUAAAGCUAACACAUGCCUGUUGGACAUUAACUAACACCGUGCUUCAUAAUUAGCACUAAGUUAAGUCCAGCUAAAGGCUGUACACACGUCCGUUAAUAGUUUUUUGAACGUAAAUUUCUGUUUUUGUUGUGGUUUUUCGGUCGGUGUGCUGUUCUGACGGUGUGUUGUGCUCUCGGUUUGUUUAUGGGGCUGAGGUAACUUUCAAUUCUCGUGUCGAUGAGUGUUAGCAUGGAGGCAAGGCAGCCUGGCAGCAGCUCGGAGCGGUUACAUAACGCCAGCAGGUCGGGAGAGAAGCUGCUGAACGUUUCAGCCUCCUCAGCCUCCUCAGCCCGGCUCUGACAGCUGUAACCUGCUCCGACAACCCCCCCCCCAACACACACACACACACACACACACACACACACACACACACACACACACACACAGACAACACAACAACAACACGACAGCAUGGAGGAGGUCUGAGCCUGCAGGGGGACAGGAAGAAGAUAACAAGACGGAACAUUUGGCUGAAGAUGGAUUCACACCCGCUGAUAAACGCCAUGGACCCGUCCAUCACGCUGUGGCAGUUCCUGCUCCACUUACUGGAGGACCAGCGGCAGCGUCACCUGAUCUCCUGGACAGGUGAGGAUGGAGAAUUCAAGCUUCUGGACGCUGAAGAGGUCGCACGAUUGUGGGGGCUCCGCAAGAACAAGCACAACAUGAACUACGACAAACUAAGCCGAGCCCUCAGAUAUUACUACGACAAGAACAUCAUAAAAAAAGUGAGCGGUCAGAAGUUUGUUUACAAGUUUGUCAGUCAGCCUGACCCCUCCCUGCCUGAGGGGAUACGUAACGGAGAGGAGAGCCAAAGGAGGGACAGCACUGACCCAAACAGCCAAUCAAAAGGCCUUGGGGGCGUUGCCUCAACCUGUCAGUCAAAAGGCUUGCCCCAGCGCUCGUCACCCAGCAGCUCCCAGAAAAGCUCCAGAAACGACUACAUGAAGUCUGGCCUUUACUCCACCUUCACCAUCCAGUCACUGCAGGCCUCACCCAACCCACGGCCAAUCAAAACAGAGCUGCUACUGCAACAAGACCCCGCCUCCAAGGUUGAUCGCACGCCCAGAGAGGUCUGUGUAUUAUCAGAGUCUAAAUCCUCUCCGUCAGUAGGUGGAGCUGUUGACUCUGCUCUCCAGGUGAUCGUCACUCAGCCGUCACCCUGUCCGACGCCCGCCCUCAGUCCUCAGAUACCAGCCAACACCACCAGCCAAUCACAGAAUCCUCCUGCUCCUCCUCUGGGCGACCCUCCCCAGAUUUAUCUCACCAGCGUUGGGGAUUCAUCCUCCCUCACCCCCCUCAUCCCUCUGGGUUCUGUUGGUGGGUCCGCGAGUCCUGUCCCUCCCCCCCAUGUUACCAUGGGCCUCCAGGGGCCGCAGCAGGACGACUGCGGGGGAGUCACCAACCCCGCCAGCUUCCCACCACAGCCCCACGUUGCUCCUCACUCAACUCACCCAUCGCCUGUCUUCGUCAUCAUCAACCCUCCUCCCCCGCAGCAGCAGCAGCAGCAGCAGCAGCAGGUGGCCAUGACACCUGUUCCUCCCUCUGUUGCACCUCCUCCCUCUGUUCCUCCCCCCGCCCAUCCUCCUCCCCCCAUCGUCAUCAAGGAGGAGAACCUGCCAUCAGAGGAGGAGCUGCUGGAGAUGGUGUCUCUGGAGGAGAAACAGGUGGAUGAGGUUCCUCAGGUGAUCUGUGGUUCGGGGCAACCAGAGCCCCCCCUCACCAUCGUGGAGAGCCCGUCCCCACCCUGCAUGGAGCCCGGGGUAGGAGGGCAGCAGCCUGCAGGGGAGGGGGGAGCAGAGGGGGAGGGCAAGGACAUGCUAACAGAUCCCUCCGACCCUCCAGUAACAUCGUCCUCAGCGGUGACCCCUCCUGUGACCCCUGCCUUGGACGCUGCUCCUCCCAAACCAAAGAAGCCACGAGGCCUCGAGCUGCCCUCCUCCCCUUCCCUCCCUCCUGGCCUCUCCUUGGAUAAGGUGAAUGCAGCUGUUAACAGUUUACUGGCUCCUGGAUCAGCAACCAACACACUCACCCCGACUGUCAUCACCUCCCACGCUCUGACUCCGGUGCUGCUGACUCCCAGUCCUCUUCCCUCGACCAUCCACUUCUGGAGCACGCUCAGUCCCAUAGCUCCUCGCUCCCCGGCCAAACUCUCCUUCCAGUUUCCCACAAACGGCAGUAAUCAGAUCCACAUCCCGGCCCUGAGCGUCGACGGCCUCUCCACCCCUGUGGUCCUCUCCCCUGGCCCCCAGAAACCCUGAGCUCCCUGCCCCCCCUCACACAGCUCCUCACUGGGCACAGAACUCACCUGAUGGUCCGCUGGCCUCCUGGAGGAGAACUGGAUCUGGGCUGACUCCAGAACCAUUUAAGCGCGUCGUCUGACUGGUAAGAGUGGGAGGUUUGAUGGUUCACGGGGACCCUUCACUGGUGGAGAAUCCUGGAGAAACCAGAAACCAGUUUGUUGGAGGUCGGAGCCUCUGAACUCCGCUGCCAAAUAUUUAAGCCAGAGAGCAGGUGGAUGUCUGAGCUGCGUCCUCUUUCAGCCACUCCCCUCGCUUGAGAAGCCGACAGUUUAAAGACAGUUGGCGACGACGACGACGAUGAUGAUGAGGUGGAGGGAUGCAAGUUUUCUUCUUCUACUGAGGGCUUCAACUAAUGAUGUAACUGUAGAUAAAGAUAGUUUUUAACUGACUGUUCCUUCAGUCCGACCAACGCCUGAAAACUGAUUCAGUUUAUGAUGAAGUCACAUGGGCAGAAGCAGAAAACUGGAACAAGAUUGUGUUUAAAGUUUUUACUGGAGAAAUGAAAAACAUUCAGACAUCUGUUAAUUAUUUUAUGGAUCGACUGACGACCUGUUUUCCAGUGAGUUCGUCUCGACUCAGAUAGGAAAGAUGUUUAUUUUAAAUCUGACCUGAUCAGAUGAGAAUGACCUAAGCCUUAUUAAUAUUCAUGAGGAAAACACCUGGACCCGGGCGGGGCUGAAAUCCGGAUCAGUCUCAGAUCUCUCUCGCUGGAUCUUUUCGGGGCUUUUUGCUCUUAUUGUCUGUUUUUUAAAACAUGGUUAUUUAUUCCCGUUUCCUGUUUCCAGCAGCGUUCGCUGCAGGUUCUUGAAUAUAACUCGACUGUUGUACGGCUCUGGACUGUAACAGGUGUGUUUGAUUUCAACACUCCCACAUGACUUUUCUCCUGUUGGAACAGAAACAGCAUCGUUCUCUAAACUCACCUCUGCUCAGUAAGGUUUGUGCUUUGCUCUUAUUGGCCGCUUUUUAAGGCCACGCCUUCCCACACUUAUGCAUGGCCUGUUAUCGGACUGAACUGCUCAGCAUCACUUUGAAUUGACCAGUCAGAGCAGGGAGGAUGAUGAUGAUAAUGAUGAUGAUGGACCUGAGCUGCAGAGUUUUUACACAGCCAAGGUAUUUCUCUAUAAAAGUCUCUCAAUGGGACAGAUUGUAUAUUUUUAAAAGAGUCUUUGAAUUUCAAGAAGCUGAAGUGUCGUCUUGUGGCUCUACAGGAGUGAACUGUUUGGAUCUAAAGGUUUUAUUGACCAUACAGUCACUUUCCUUUGGCUUUAAAAUGUUGAUGGACGUGUUUAUUGGUUUUUAACUGUUUAAUUUCAACCUUUCAUUCCAGAUGUACAGUGGAUUUUAGUUGAGCAGCUCUGAUGGAUGAAUGUUUUUUUAUUCCUGAAAGCCUCGGAUUCAUUGCCUUGUAAAUCUGCAGCGAUGUUGCCACAAGUCGACACAGUUUUCAUGUCGUUUCCAUCCAGAGUUCAGACGGAGCGAAGACACUGAUCUGAGUUUCAACAGUGAGACGCCUCGCUCGAAAAAAUACUUCUCAACUUUAACUUUGAACUGACACGAGUGACAGAAACUUGGGAGGAGGAGUGGGAAGCGAGUCGGUAGUGUUGGGAUGUUUUGGGGCUGCGGAGGUGAUGAAAGGAUGAAAGCAGCUCGACUUUCAGUGAAGCUGGAUCCUCAGACUCGUUAUAGCAGCACAAAUCAGCUCAAAGCUUUAGUCUCAAGUUAUCCCCUGACAACUGAGUGACUCAAAUCACCUCAGAUUUACCUGUACAGGUGAAGUAAAUCCACGUAUUGAUUUCAACUUAAACUUAAACAGCUGACCUGAGUCCACGCAUCCAGUCUCACUGAGGCUCCUUUGUCACUUGUGGCAACAUCAACGUCUGUUUUUACCUGAAGCAUCCAAAGUGACAACGAACCGUCUGUGGACAGACUCUGAUGGUUCUUUUGAAAAGACUGUUGUUGUUGUUGUUUGUGAUGCUAGCUGAACUCUGUGGUUGCCAUGGUAACCUGACCUGACUGUUGCUGACCUGCAGGUCGCUGUUGUUGCUGAAGCUCCUCGUGAUGACGCCGUUAACGUGUUUCUGUGCUUCUGUGUGCAACGACAAGGCUGCUGAGACACACACACACACACACACACACAACGUGAACUGAGUGAAGCUGAAACUCUGUGUUUUCAGAUGUGACGGCUGAUGUUCAUUUAUCAUUUUUUGGUUCAGUCAAACUUAAACUGAAUAAAGACGGUUCACAUCUCAUCCUGUUAAUCAACAUCAAUCUGCCAGUUAUUUUCUUGAUUAAUCAUUUGGUCCAGUGGUGAUGUCACAUGUCUUUUCUCUCACCAACCAAUUUACUAAAAUGUGAGACCCAGAAAAGAAGGAAAUUCUUAUAUUUGAUCUGAAAGAAUCAGAUUUUCUCUGUGACAAUUAAUCAUAAAAAUAGUUUGAUUAAUUUAAUGUUGAUUUGACUCAUCAUUGAAAAUAGUGGUAAAGCACCACAGUUAUCAAGUUACUCUAAUUUACUCAUUCAUUUUGUAUAGACAGAUCCAUUUACACCUUUUAAACAUCUGGCUAGAAUCAUUCUUGGAGGCAUUAACCUCCUUUCAGACUGGACAGCUGUUUGAUCUGAGGUCUUGAUAAUACUCUGUCCUGGACUCUCAGAAAACACUGACAUCCAACAUGGACCGUCAUCUGAACGGCUUCAUCCUCUCCACAGCUGCAUGUUUACAUAUCCAGCUGCCAGGUGCAGAUAUAUGCAGAUUGUACAGUGGACAGCUCAGACAGUGAAUGAAGGUGGUUCAGUGAGUCCAGGACAGUGUAGUUAUAAAAAGACAUGGCCUGUGAUACCUGAUAGUCUUAUUCUCCGGUAUCUACAGCUGAUGUAAUCAGUCAGUGUCGGUCGGCAGAUUUGAGUUGAUUGUAGGUUUGGAGAUCCAGAUGUUUCAUCAACCCAGAACCAGGUCCAAAGUAGAUCCUGAAACCAACCUGAGUUUUUAUUAUUUAAAGUCUUUUUCUCCAAGAGGAGACAUUGAUGUAAAGAUCUAAACAUCUGCAGACAUGUUGAACAGUUCAGCCUCAUCUCAGUUCCUGACGUUGUGAUUUCCCAGCCUCAGUAGUGACAUAAACGCAGCACCAAGCCAUUGUGUCCCGACUGUUCUCUCCUUUACAGCAUGACUCUAUUUUUCUAUCAGAGACCACGUGUUUAUAUUGUGACUAAAGUUUAAAGAGCGACGAAGCCUUAAAGAUUUCAGCUCUGCAGCAGAGUAAGAAAAAAUCUUCUUCGUUUUAAAAAUAUCUGCGGCUUGAAUUGUUCAGAGCUUGAUGGUGAAAAAAAGCCAUUUAUACAGAGAAGCUGAAGGUUUGAGUCCGACAUCUGUGGAACGUUAAGCUAACAUUUCUCUCACCAGCAGAACAUGAAGAAUGUUUUUAUAUUCAUGAAUAACAGCGUUGCAUUCUGGAUAACAUCCAGACUCCCAUUUUUUUAAAAACUCAGUGCUACCUGAGGCGACGCUGCUGAAGUGCACUGCAAAAAAUUAUGUGCCACAUUGAACAACAAUGUUUUUUUUUUUAAUCAGAGACAUGUUACAGAACCGGAGCUGGGCAGAGUGGUCAAACAAUAUCACAGUACUGAUCAGAGUCAAUCAGUUCUGAUCAAUAUAUAUUGUGAUAAAUGUUCAGGAAAAUGAGUGUAAUUGUCUUUCAGUAAUUAAUCAGUAGUUACUAAGUUAAAUACAAAACAAAUUAUUGCAACUUUACAGAUGUAACAUUUCUGACCGUUAAUAUUAAUAUUAAUUAAUAUUGUAUCGUUAUAUGUAUAUACUGUCAUAUACAGAACUUCUGCAGCUAACAAUUAUUUUCAUUAUUGAUAAAUCCUGAAUUAAUUGAAUAGUUUAAUGUUCACACAAUGUGGCGAGAUAAAGUGUCCAUCUCUGAUUGUCAGUGCUUAUCAAAAUUGAUUUCCGUUAAUUUUCAGUUGAUUGAUUAAAAGUGAUUUAAUCAGAUGUGGCUGAAUUCUUCAAACUUUAAUAACUUAUUUAAAUUAAUUUAAUCAACGUGUUAAUUACAGCCUGUUCAGAAAACAUAAUUUGUAGAACGAUAAAAUUAUAAAUAAUAAAUAUUUAGUUAUUGCCCAGUUCUUCACUGCACUUCCACAUACUGCACUUUCUCGUGUGGUUUGUUAUUUUAUAUUAAGAUUAUUAAAGAACAUUAUUAUGACAGUACCAAUGAAAACGUAGAUUAAAGUGAAGUGAACUAAUGAUUUCCUGUUUAAAAUGUGACCUGUAGUAAAGGUUUAUAAAAUAAUGAUUAAGCAAAAGAAAAAUGAAUACAUAAAUAAACUGGAGACAUAAUUACAACACACAGACUCUGGAUCAGACUGGAUCUCUGUCUGUAGGACAGCUGUGGUUUUAACAUCACCUGCUCUGGUCAGUGAUGAUCACAUGACCUCCUGUCUCUCUGUGAACUGGCUCCUGACAUUUAAAUCCUGUCUGGAUCCUGGUCCUCAGGUUUUAAACCGGAUAUCCAAGCGAAAUUUGACUUGUGUGAAAAUGGAGGAAGAUUAACAUGUUUCUGUUGAUCUUUUGAAAACAUGUUGACACCAACAUUCAGCAGAUACUCGACAAGAGCCUGUAAAAGCUUUUUAUGUGUUGUGAUGUAAUGUAGCUGCAGGUCUAAGCUGCCGUUCUGUGAGUUUUUUAGCCUUUAUCUGUUUCCAUUCUGUCAAACUGUCUGAUCAACAGCAGCUGACUGAAUCAGCUGUGAUCAGCUCCUGUCUGUAGUGUAUCAUGAUGUACAGACAACUAUCACUGAAGUUCUAUGACACUGUAGGAAAACUUAAAAACAGGAGGAUUCUGAUGAAGUUCUGCAGGCUCUGUUUUCUCUAUAGCUUUAUUUUGGUGGGACAUCAGAUCUGAGUUAGACAGAACAUUAUUUGAGUCUUUUCCUCGUCUUCAUCUCAACACAUAGAGGUCGUGACUCUGAGAUAACGUCUCCAGUUUGUUUAUGUGUCUUUGCUGAAUGUGAUACACAUCUUACAUCUACAGUUCAACACAACAGUUUUCACAUGAUCUCCAGCUCAAAGCAGACUCAGGGUCUGUUUCACAGAUGUGACCUGUGAGCGCUGCGUAUCUGCAGAUUACACACAGCGGUUGCGUCACCUGUUACAUGAUGCUCGCUGACAAACUCUCCCGUGCUGGUGCCUCGCUCACAGGUGAGGCGUCUGCUCAUCCUGCAGGUUUGCUCUGCAGGAGAGGGGAAACGGACCCUCACUCAGCUUUGAUGUUUGAGUUUGUUUUCAGAUCAUGAACUUCAUCUUCUGAACUCAAACGUUUCAUGACAUUUAUAACGGUGGAUAUUUGUAAAUCCCUCUGAGAAACAGUCUGUUGUUGUCAUGAGCUUUCUGUCUGAUCAGCUGUGUCGCCAAGGAGACGACACCUGAACUGAUCACCAAUCUAAAAGUAAGUUUAGUGAGUUCAGCCUCUAAGAGACGCUGAAGCUCUCUGAUUGGAUGAUUCUUACAGCAAUGCUCUCUGGGACCGUAGUUGACUUCUACUGUUUUACCUUUUUCUUUAGUUCAGUGUCUCAGUUUUCUGAUGUUACACCUGAGAUAAACCCACAUGGACAAAGGUAUGUGGACAAAUGAGAAUUAAAUCCAAUCAGCUCACUGAACAGAUCCACUUCGUUUUAUCAGCUGUAUCAGUCCACACCGACUGAGUGUUAACGCCUCCUCUCAGGGUGAACAUAGGUCAAAACAAUCAUUGUGGACUGAACAGAUUCAGUUGCAGUUGGACAUCGGUCGUGUCUCGAUCUUAAAGUGAUAGUUCAGGUUGUCUGACAUGGGGUUGUGUGAGGUACUGAUCUAUAGUCAGUGUAUUACCUGUAGAAGUUUCCGUUCAGAGAAGCAGCAGGAGCACCAGUACAGAAGCUGAGUGAUGAGCUGCUGCGGUUGGGGUCAGCAGAAAAACCUGUUUUAGCCACUUUAAAAAAUACCCAACAGCAUCAGUUAAACUGUGGCUUUAUUUUGAAUAUUUUCAUCACUUCAUCUGCAGACCUUUUACUUUGGAAGUACAUUUUUCAACCAUUGAAUUACUGUAUUACUACGCACAAGCGCACAUAUUAUAUUUUUCAAGUGGCUUAAAAACAGGUUUUUCUGCUGACCCAGUCCACAGCCCCUCAUCACUCAGCUUCUGUCCCGGUGCUCCUACUGCUUCUCUAAACUGACACUAAUCUGAAUCUACAUCAGGUAACACACUGACUACAGAUAAACACCUCACACAACCCUGAGUCAGAUAGGCUGAACUAUACCUUUAAUGUGGAUUCUCAGCGACAUGUAAAUCAUCUGGUAUAAUGCAAACACAACCCACGUAACUUAAUGAUAAACAACACUGGAGAUCAGUGUGAUUGUUUGACCCACUUCAAGAUAAAAAGAAUAAAAUAUGUCGUCAUUUUAUUGUUUUUGAUGCUCACAAAAAAAAGAUUAACUGUCCACAUACUUUUGGCCAUGUAGUGUAUUUAUAUUUAAAAUGAGUAGCUCUGUAAACAGAUUGUGUCUUAUCUAAACAUAAACAUCCACACAUUCUGUGUACUGUCCCAUGAUCCUUUGCACCAGGAUGACAUCAGUCAGAGAGCUCUGGGAACAGAUGACGUCUCCUCUGUCUUUAGUUGUAAAGUUUUUCUAUCUGCAGGUUAGUGUGGAUUCUCUCUGUACAUAAAUAUAAAUAUAACCUGAACAUAUAAAUCUAUAAAUUCUGUACCUGUGUGAGCCGGCCAAUCAGCUGAUGCGUCUUCAUGAUGUGUUGUUUCUGUGGCCAACUGUUGCUGUCAGAUCUUGUGUGGCCCCGCCCCUCCUCACCUGUGAUUGGUGGAGGAGUUUAUUGAUGUAAAGGGGUGGGGCCUGCUUUUAUUUUUGUGAGCCGGAGCUUGACACAUGUUAUCCGUCAUGAUAUUUACUGGAAAACUAAAAGAAAAACUAUUUUUUAUGAACAUGACUUUAGUUUCUGUUUCUGGUGUAAAUGUUCUAUAGAUGAUUCAUCUUGUUUUCUACGAGCUAACACACACAAACACACACAAACACACACACAUACACACACAUACACACACUGCGAGGAUGAUAAUAAAACUAUUUUGUUCCUUA